AUGUAUUGCGAGGUGCUAAAGUGGCGCGACACCAUUUAUGCAACCCAAAAGAGCCAUAACAGAGGUGCUGAUGGAAUCCUCGCCACCAUAGUCGCCGAAGGCAGUGCUGAUGGAGUUGCCGCAGUCGUUGGUAGCAUUGUUGUUGCAAAUACAGGAGCCAAAGACGACGUCCCAUACAUUAUGGUGCACCUAUGCAAUCCGUUCAAUCGAAAAAAUUGGGUGAACUCAUGA